GCGGGGCAGGCGGAGUACCUCGGCCAAGAAAAUUAUGCAUGCGUUAGGGAAGCUCUGAGAGAAUGGCUGUGGAAGCUCUCCAUUGUGGUUUAAAUCCACGGGGUAUUGAUCACCCUGCCCACGCUGAUGGUAUUAAAUUGCAAAUUGAUGGUGAAAGUGUGGAAUCUCAAUCCAUUAAAAACAAAAGUUUCCAGAAGGUGCCUGACCAAAAAGGAACCCCCAAGAGACUUCAGGGAGAAGUUGAGACAACUAAGUCAGCUACGGUGAAGCUGUCAAAGCCAGUGGCUCUGUGGACCCAGCAGGAUGUCUGCAAAUGGUUGAAGAAACAUUGUCCAAAUCAGUAUCAGAUCUACAGCGAGUCAUUCAAACAACAUGACAUAACGGGACGAGCCCUGUUGAGACUCACAGACAAGAAGCUGGAGCGCAUGGGGCUUGCCCAGGAGAACCUCAGACAGCACAUCCUACAACAGGUGCUCCAGCUGAAGGUGCGAGAAGAGGUCAGAAACCUGCAGUUACUCACACAAGGUACCCUGCUGCCUUCCAGCGGGUGGGGGGAGAGCCAAGGGGAAGACAAAGAGCCUGUCACAGUGACACGUGGGAGGUUGGGGGACUUAGUCACUAUUUGCUUGCAAGAUCCCUUUAGUUGUUCAGUGUACAGUCUGCAAAACUGUACCGUGCAGCUGUGUUGUCUUCAUCUAACCACACAUGCUGAGGGUGUCUUUGGAAUUUGA